UGGGCGGCGGGGAUGACAGCAGCGGAGGCGGCGGCGGCGGCCGCGCGGGGCUGAGCGAGCCGCGGGCGAGCCGGGGGAAGAGGAGGAAGUGGAGCCGCGGCCCGAAGCUCCGGAGUCCGCCCCUUUGUGCGGAGCGAGCCGAGUCCGGAGCUGGGAAGACUUCCCCGCCGCCGCCGCGAGCGUCCUCGCCGGCGCCCUGCCUUGCCCCGCCCCGCCCCGCCUGCCCCAGCCGGGGGCUCUGCGCCGGGACGCUCCCGGGAACCGUGGCCCGGACGCCCGGAGCCCCGACCUGACCCAGUGCAGCGGCGCGGGACGCUCCCGGCCCACCCUACGCUCCACGGCUGCGGGCGCGCUCCUAGGCUUUCUGCAGUGUGAGUCGGAGCCCCCGCCCGAGACCCGGGUGAGGCAGGUGCCCACCGCCCCCGCUGAGCCCGAGGGAGCGCAGAAGCCCCCAGCCCCGGCUCCCGAGACUGACCCUUCGGCUGCCUUGGCCCCGGUGCCUCGGACUUGGGACCGUGCGGACGCCCAGGAAGCGCCGGCCCGGGUCCAGAGCCCGCGAGGAGUCGCAGGCGGGCCGGGCAGGCGGGCUGCGCCGGACCGAGCUGGUGCUGCGAGCCCAAGCUGCCGCCUUUCCGCCGCCUCGGGCGAGGGGCUCGGCGCUCGCCCCGAAGCAGGGAGCACGGGGCUCCCCGCUGGCCCGGCGGCCGGCGAGAGCCGAGAGCUGCAGCGGUCCCAGUGAAGUGACAUCACCACCUCCGUGGACAGAACAUCCUCAGGAGCCCUGCCUACAGCCACUGAUACCUUCUUCCAGGACCAGCCGGGGCGUCCAUGGGCGCCUGAGGAACGGGCGCCAGGGCGGCAGGCAAGAGCAUGGUGAGACACCAGCCCCUGCAGUACUAUGAGCCACAGCUGUGCCUCUCCUGCCUCACCGGCAUCUACGGCUGUCGCUGGAAGCGCUACCAGCGGUCCCAUGAUGACACCACACCGUGGGAACGCCUCUGGUUCCUGCUCCUCACCUUCACCUUCGGCCUCACACUCACCUGGCUCUACUUCUGGUGGGAAGUGCACAAUGACUACGAUGAAUUCAACUGGUACCUCUACAACCGCAUGGGCUACUGGAGUGACUGGUCCGUGCCCAUCCUCAUGACCACAGCUGCCGCCUUCACCUACAUCGCAGGCCUCCUGGUCCUAGCACUAUGUCACAUCGCUGUGGGGCAGCAGAUGAACCUCCAUUGGCUGCACAAGAUGGGGCUGGUGGUCAUCCUGGUGUCCACAGUGGUGGCCAUGUCAGCCGUGGCCCAGCUGUGGAAGGACGAGUGGGAGGUGCUGCUGAUCUCCCUGCAGGGCACGGCACCAUUCCUGCAUGUGGGGGCCCUAGCUGCCAUCACUGCGCUCUCCUGGAUCGUGGCCGGACAGUUCGCCCGUGCGGAACGGUCCUCCUCCCAGAUGGCCAUUCUCUGUAUCUUCUUUGCCGUGGUGUUUGCCUUCUACCUGGCCCCUCUCACCAUCUCCUCUCCCUGCAUCAUGGAGAAAAAGGACCUGGGCCCCAAGCCUGCCCUCAUUGGCCACCGCGGAGCCCCCAUGAUGGCCCCAGAGCAUACGCUGAUGUCCUUCCGGAAGGCCCUAGAGCAGAAGCUGUAUGGGUUACAGGCUGAUGUCACCAUCAGCCUGGAUGGUGUGCCCUUCCUCAUGCAUGACAACACCCUGCGGCGAACCACCAACGUGGAGGAGGAAUUCCCAGAGCUCGCCCGCAAGCCCGCCUCUAUGCUGAACUGGACCAUCCUGCAGAGGCUCAACGCCGGCCAGUGGUUCCUGAAGACUGAUCCCUUCUGGACGGCCAGCUCCCUGUCGCCCUCUGACCACAGGGAGGCGCAGAACCAGUCCAUCUGCAGCUUAGCAGAGCUCCUGGAGCUGGCCAAGGGCAAUGCCACGCUGCUGCUCAACCUGCGUGACCCGCCACGGGAGCACCCCUACCGAGGCAGCUUCCUCAACAUCACGCUGGAGGCCCUGCUGCGCUCUGGCUACCCCCAGCACCAGGUCAUGUGGCUGCCUAACAGGCAGAGGCCCUUCGUGCGGAGGGUGGCCCCUGGCUUCCAGCAGACAUCGGGCUCCAAGGAGGCGGCCACCAGCCUGCGGAGAGGCCACAUCCAGAGGCUGAACCUGCGCUACACUCAGGUGUCCCGCCAGGAGCUCAGGGACUACGCAUCCUGGAACCUGAGUGUGAACCUCUACACGGUCAAUGCACCGUGGCUCUUCUCCUUGCUGUGGUGCGCGGGGGUCCCGUCUGUCACCUCUGACAACACCCAUGUCCUGUCCCAGGUGCCUUCCCCCCUCUGGAUCAUGCCCCCAGACGAGUACUGUCUCAUGUGGGUCACCGCGGACCUGAUCUCCUUCAUGCUCAUCAUUGGCAUCUUCGUGCUCCAGAAGUGGCGCCUAGGUGGCAUACGAAGCUACAAUCCUGAGCAGAUCAUGCUGAGUGCUGCAGUGCGUCGGACCAGCCGCGAUGUCAGCAUCAUGAAGGAGAAGCUCAUCUUCUCAGAGAUCAGCGAUGGCAUGGAGGUCUCCGAUGAGCUCUCUGUAUGUUCAGACAACAGUUACGACAUGUAUGCCAACCGCGCUCCCACCCCCAUGAAUAACCGCGGGAGUGGCAGCCGCACCAAGACUCUCACAGACCGGAGUGGGCGCUAGCUGAAGACCUGUUUAUCCCAGCCUGUACCUGAGGUGGAGACCAGGGAACCCCAAAGAGCUGGCACAAGCAUGUCUGGACUGGGAGAGCUCUGGGAGCUGGCUCCACGGCCUCCCCGUCGGCUCUGGCCCUCUGUCAGCCAUGGGCUCCGCCGAGGGGGCUCCCCUCUCUCCUGAGGCCCAGCUGGGUCAGGACUCCAGCCUCGCAGAUGCCCCUGCAGGCCUGGGGCUCCUUCUGGAAAGUUUGGGGCCUGGGGCCUGGUCCUCCCCUGGAGGCCUUCCCUCGUAUCCUGAUCUGGAAGCUUUGACGAGGUUCUGGGCCGUGCCACGUCCCUGUGGCAGUUGAGAAUGUGGAUAUCCACAUGUACCCAUGUUUGUCCGUCCUCCUGUUGCUCAGAGGCAACUGACUUCUCUGUGUGUUUCCUGCCUUGAGGGCCUGGGCUGGGCCUCUGCCCCCUGCAUCUCUGUCUGUCUCAAAGCACAAGGAUUUUCAGCCCAGGAGGAAAGCCUGCGGUGGUGGAGACACUCCUCCCCGGUGCUGCGGUGGUGGAGACAUUCCUCCCCGGCCGGCCUCCUACCACCACUGGCCCUGCCCCAGGAGAGGGACCAAGCCAUGUCCCCCGGAGCAGCUGGAGAUGGCCAGAAGAGUAGGCUUCAGGCUACUUUUAUCCCUUACCUAAGUGUCCAACAGGCUUCUAGGGCAGAGUGGCACAGAGGCCCAGGAGGUCCACAGACUGACACAACCUCAGGUUUCCACAUUGGUGGCCACAGGGUAGUGGCCACCUGGGAAGGGUGGGCAUAAGGCCAAGGAAGCCUACAGCAGAGCGAGCCUGAGGGCCUUGGCCAAUAUGAUUAAAGCUGCCAUCUUGA